GCCUCGAUCUCAGUUCUCCGGAUUUGCCGUCCGGGCAGCUGCGCGCGCUGCUUUGGGAGCAUGGCCUCCUGCUGUUUCGUGAUCAGGACUUGCUGGAGGAGGAUGUCCUCCGUGUCGCUUCAGCUUUUGCAGAACCCGUCCCUGCUGCCGGGCAGCAACGUGCGCUGGCCACGUACCGUGUUUGCAACCGAGAUCCUGCUCUGCGAGGACAGGAUUUCUGGCAUUCCGACAACUCCUACGCGCCAGAGUCCGGGGGCCCCACUUUGCUGUAUGCCCUGGACGUCCCGGUCGGGCCCGAGGGCCCACUGGGUGACACCCUCUUUGCCGACGCCGGGGCGCCCCUCACAGCGGAGCUUCGUGGCCGGGUGCAGGGCCUCCGUGCAGGUCACAACUUGGCUCACAACGGUGGUGUACCUCUGCCAGAGAUGGCAGCAGGCGGUUGGCAGCCUGCGCCGGAUAUCUUGCACGAUGUGCUUCGCUCCCAUCCCUUCAGUGGCAGGGAAAUUGUGUUCGUGAACGAGGCCUACGUCUCUCGCAUUGAGGGCCUCGUGGAGGAGGAGUCAAAGCAACUGCUCGCAGAUCUGCAGGAGCACGUGCUGCAGAGCACCUACCGCCACCGCUGGCGGACAGAUGAUCUUCUGGUGUGGGACAACCACCGCUUGCAGCACAAGGCCACCACCAUUUCACUCCCAGCGGGCGCGGAGCGGGUCAUGUGGCGCGUGCAGACUCGUGGCCCAGGGAAGCCUGCGGAGAACAACGGGGGGCCGACUUCGGGUAUGAUGCUUCUGACACCCCCUAAACUCAUCUUUGGGUGGUGCUUGCGGACUGUCCGUGAUUUCAGGAAAUCCUGCCGCCCGAAGCGACACUGA